AUGUCGACCAUCUCGAUCGCGACGCUGCCGCGGAUGAGCCGCGAUACCCUUGCCGCUCUACUCUCCGCCGAGACCCCCGCCAACAAGCUCGGAAUUAUUGACGUUCGUGACUCUGACCACGUCGGAGGCCACAUCCACUCCUCCAACUGGGUCCCCAGCUCCAGCCUUGAUGUCCGUAUGCCCGAGCUUAUCCGCACUCUCAAGGACACCGAGAAGGUUGUUUUCCACUGCGCUCUCAGCCAGCAGCGUGGACCCUCUGCUGCACUGCGGUAUGCGCGAGAGCGUGAACAAGCCUACGGCCCUGAAGAAUUCAAGAAGCAGGAGAUCUUUAUUCUUGAGGGUGGUUUCGUGAAGUGGCAGGAGAAAUAUGGCCUUGAUAAGAAGCUGACUGAGGCUUUCGCUGCUGAUAUCUGGCAAGAG